AUGGGACCGGGUCAUGCUUUUCUUUUUUUCUUUCUUUUAACUUGCAAGUUGCAAGAACGACAUUGUUCAGCAAUCCUAAGUCUCUUCCCUCAACUUCAAGCUCCAAUUUCAAGUUCGAACUUUGUGGCUCACUGCGUGCUCUCCCGCCCAAGCUUUCUCCCUCUCUCAGUUCUGGUCUCUCUCACUGUCUCUGGUGUCGUACUCAAGCUCAUCGUCGCUCUCUUGGUUCCGGUAUCUUUCACUGUCUUCGGUCUAGCACUCAGUCGCAAUCGUGCGCCAUUCUUGCCCUCGUCGUCGCUGGCGGCAGACGCCGCAAGUCCCGGGAUUUGUCUUCGUCACUCCCUGUCUCAUCACCGUCUCGCAGUCAAUCCCACUCCUUCGUUCCGCUCGCAGUCGUCUCGGCCCCUUUUCGCCACAAUUCCUCUUGAUGUCCCUAACUCAAAACAGGUAGUUGAAGUCUACCCUGAGCAGAGGAAAAAUCAACAGGUGUUGGUGGAGAAUAGUCCUACUCCUACUCCUCCCCUUCUGCCUCCGCCGGAGACGGAUCAUUUGUGUGGUUUUGAAGGGGACGGAGCAGGGCUUCCCUCCUGCGUCCAGGGUCAUGCAUUGGAUUCCAAUGGUCUCAUCAGCCACAGCAUGGGACACAUGGAUCUCUGUAGCUUUCUGCAGGGACUAUUUCAGCAAGGCAUCAUGGGUGUUAAGUUAUUCGUUGAGAAAAUGGAAGUGAUUCGGAAACAGGUGUCCGAACUUGAAUCUGAGCUGAAUGAGGAGAGAAGCGCCAGAAAGAAAGCUGAGGGGAAGGUAGCAGAAAUGGAAAAGGAGCUUGCCUCCGCAAGAAGAGAUUGUGACAAGAUGGACUCCUACUACCACCACGAGUCAAAGAGAUUAUUAGAGGCCUAAAGAAAAGGCUUAUAUCGUUAUUUUGUAGAAAGACCAUGGUUUUACUUAACCAGUACUUUUUAUUUAUUUUUAAAAGAAAUAAUUGUUAAAAAAUGAUUUGACGGCAAGUAGGGCCUGUCUGAAUAUGUAAUAUGUUAGUUGCCACAUUCUAGUUGAGACAUCUAAUGCUGUUACUAUGGAGGAUUUGUAUCAUCUGUGCCAUCUCGUGCUGGACAAUGAUGACAGCUCGCUCCUAAUAUAGAGAACAGACGGUAUGAUAUAUUUUGCUUAUUUCCCUAAUAUCUCGAGUUUUAUUCCCUGCUUCGUUUUCAAAUUGACAUGCUCUGAUGCAAUUGAAGUUUUAUAGUCUUGUGUUUUCUUGCAACUUAUCACUUCAGAUAGAUAACA